CAAGCUGGAGAUAAUAUGUCCUUUAUCUGCUUCUAAAUCAAAUGGGCCUACACAUUUAACUGUUUCCCAGAUGCUUAUUUGUUGCGCAAUGCAUCAUGUGGUUCUGCCUGUAGUUACAGACAGAUCUUGACAUGUUUAUUUCUUCAACAGCUCCAGCGUAGUUUCCCUCUGACGCCUCAUCUGUUGGCAAGUGGUCAGAUAUGUGCUGUAUGUGCGUGUGAGCUACAUGAGCUCAGAUCACUCUGCAGUUGAGGUGCAGCCAGCGGUACACAAACAUGAAGGAGAAGCGUGGAGUUUUUGUGGCAUGGAAAGUGCUGCUGGUGGGGAUGUGCGCGCUGCUGCUUCUGUGUUCAGCAGGUUUCGUGUUCCUGCUGUUUCGACAGAAAGAGCUGACGGUGGAGCUGAUCAGGCUGGACGCCCAGAUGCAGGUGCUGUCACAGAGCUGCAGGCUGCAGGCAGGAGUCCUGACCAUGGACCCUGCAGAGGCUGGAGAGCUGAAGAAGCUCAGUCGCAGCAGAAGGAACCAGGAGGAAGAAACAACACUAAGCAAAGACGAGAAGGAUAUGCUGAUGCUGAUGACAUACUCCAUGGUACCUGUCAAAGCCUUCACUCAUCUGUGUAAUAGCUCCAGAGGAAUUUGUUUAACAGGCCCACCUGGACCGCCAGGUUUGCCUGGUCCACCAGGUCUGCCCGGGCCUGAGGGGAGAAAAGGGAGAAAAGGACCGCCUGGUGAAAGAGGAGAACCAGGACCUAAAGGGGAUCCCGGGCACCCCCGACUGAAAGGCAAGACCGACAAUGACUUUCUCAUCGAGGGUCCUCCUGGCCCGAGGGGUCCUCCAGGUCCAGCAGGUCCCCCCGGUCCACCUUGUCCUGCCUGGUAUUGUAAUGAUGUGAAAAACAAGAUAAUCAGAGAACACGUCCGUCAGACCAAUAUGUUGAUGGAUUCAUCUCAGGACUUCAAUGAAACUGACACAGUAAACGGCAGCUCGGCAGUUAACAAGACUGAAUAUCCAUGGACACAUCCACAUGUUUUGAAUGUUACUGCCAUUCUAAAUCUUCCAAACACAAGUGUUGACUCUGAUUCAGUAUCAGUUCAUCCAGAGCACAGCUACACCUUGAACACCUUUAAGGAUACCAACACAGAGAACGUCACAGAGGCACCAAGCAGAAUUUUAACAGAGUUAGUGUCACCUCAUCCAGACUACAGAGCUGACACGUGGACUAACACCAGCACUGAGAACUCUACAGAGGCAGUUAACAUAUUAUCAGCUUCACAUUCCAUGGAUGAAAACAGAGACAACUUCAACAACAGUGGAACCAUUAUUAAUACAUUAAUGAACAGUGAUUCUGAAAUUCCACGCCCAACUGACGACAGCAGAGAGGUUACUGACUCAGAGAAACUUCGAAACUUCGAAGCUGAGUCUCAUCAAGACAACAGAGAUGUUUCACUGAACGAUUCCAGGAGAGAAAAUGUUUCAGAGGCACCAGAUAUAUUCCAGAUUCCAGAUACAACAGCUCUACAUUCUUCGGACCAAAACAGUGACAGAGGAAUCUUUUUGGAUCUGUUCUGGUCACUAUUUGAAUCACCAACUUCACGUCCAACUGACAACAGCAGAGAAGUUACUGACUCUGAGAAACUUCUCCACACAAACACCGAAGAUGAAUCAGAAUCAUUUCAUCAAGACAACAGCCAUGGCACCUUGAAUGAUAAGAGAGAAAAUCCUACUGAAGCAACAAUUAUAUUAACAGCUCCACUCCCUGUGGACCACAACAAUGACGCCUUCAGUAACAGAGGAAACCUGUUGGAUACACCAAUGAAAAGUGAAUCACCAACCGCACGUCCCACUGACAACAACAGAGAAGUUACUGACUCUGAGAAACUUCAACAUACAAACAUGGAAGCUGGGUCAGUAUCAUUUCAUCAAGACAACAGCCACGGCACCUUGAAUGAUAACAAGAGGGAAAAAUCUACGGAGGCACCAAUAAUGUUAUUAACAACUCCACGUUCUGCAGACCAGAACAGUGAUGCCUCUAAUAACAGAGGCACAAUUAUUGAUAUGCCCAUGAAAAGUGAAUCACCAACUUCACAUCCAACCGACAACAGCAGAGACGUUACCGACUCUAAGAAACUUCGACACACAAACAUGGAAGCUGAGUCAGUAUCAUUUAAUGAAGACAAAAGCCACAACACCUUAAAUGAUAACAAGAGAGAAAAUGUGACAGAGACACCAGUUACAUUAUUAACAGCUCCACGUUAUAUGGACCAAAACAGUGACACCUUCAGUAGCAGAGGAAAAAACAUUGAUACACCCAAUAAAAAUGGAUCACCAACUCCAAGUCCAACUGACAACAGCAGAAGUGUUUCUGAUUCUGAGAAACUUCUUCACACAAACAUGGGAGCUGGAAAACAAAAAACAGUUCCACUUUCUGCGGACCAAAACAAUGAUUCCUACAAUAAUGCUACAGAGGCACCAAUUAAAUUAUUAACAGACACUUUAUAUUCACUCCAAACCAACAAGAUCAAUGAGACAACCAGUGACAAUGACAGAUUGACAAAAACUGAGUGCAACAUUAGAACUAUUAAAUGUUCGGAGAAAGCCAUCGAUGUGCAGAGCACUUUCGGGGCCUGGAUGUCCGAUGCAUCUCGGGGGGAUGACGGCAGAUUGUGGCAGGCGGACCACUUUUCAGGUCGAACUUUGUUGGAGUACAGAAACAUGUCCUCAUUCCCGAAUACAAGCAACAAAAUGAUCGACGUCAAGAGGUUCUACCAGGGUUGUGGUCAUGUUGUUUAUAAGCACUCAUUCUACUUCCACAACGCAGGAACCAACAGACUCAUAAAAUUCGACCUGAACACCCGGAGAACAAAAUUUCUGAUUAUGGCACACAGCAGAUAUAACAACCUGAAUUAUCUUUUCCGCAACUCAAAGACGUACUUCAAGUUUGCUUUGGAUGAAAACGGACUGUGGGUCAUCUUUGCAUCAGAUACAGAUGACGACACGAUAGUUGCGAGGAUUAACCCCGACACAUUCCUUGUGGAGUCGAUCAUUAACACUCACUACCCUACGACUAAAGCAGGAAAUGCUUUCAUUGUGUGCGGAGUGGUUUAUUUUACAGACGACAAAGACAGGAGUGUUACAUAUGCCUUUGAUUUAAAGAAGGAGAGUCCUCUGGAUGUAAGUUUAGAUUUAAGGCCGGAUAAUGGCAUCCUGGCUAUGAUGUCAUAUUAUCCCAACAAAAAGCUUCUGUAUAUGUGGGACAACAGCAGAGUGAAAACCUGCAAAGUUAAACUCAAGCUGACCUAGAUUAAACCACAAGCCCUAUUGACCGAUAAAGUUUAUUAAUGAAUCUCUUCCAAAGAUAUCACAAUGAAAAUGAAACAACAAUUGACAGAGGAUUAUGGGCAACCGUGUACAAAAUCAGCAAUAAAG